UGGAACUUGAUGCUUCUUUUUUGCUGUGUUUGCAAGUACCCAGUUGGUGAAUUUCGGUCUCAAGUAUUUUUGUAGCAUUUAAGCAAGCAUUUGAUGCUCUUAAUGGGGUACCAUCAAGUACCCAAUAUUGGGGGACUGUUCUGAUACCCUGCAAAUUUUUCUGCCCCUCUCUAUUAUUCAAAGUAGAAUUUUGUGCUUUUUGGUCAUUUUUAGCUACCUGUCUCAGAAUAUGUUAAAAGGGUCUCAGCAAUUGUUCUCCUCUUGGAUUCUUGUGGGGUUUCAUUGAAUUUGAGUAUUUCCUUCAAAGCUUCAACCUUCUUCAACAACUGGUACAUGUUACGAUCUUAAAUAUGGCUUUCUUGCCUAAGACCAUUUCAUUGACUUAUUUAAUGCUAUGUGUUUAAGGUGAUCAUGCCCAAGAUACUUAAACCUUGUUAAUUAAGUAGUGUCUUGCAAAACUGGCCUUUCGUUUCAUUAGAGUCCUGAGUGUGGUGAAUGUUGGGAGUAUUAUGCUUAUUUAGACUGAGAAGAAAAGGAGAAACAAAAGGGAAUCUGCUUUCUUUUCAUUAGUCUGGUGAGCUGUUACUUAGCCAUUGUCUUUCCUUUCUUCAUUGUCUACUUUAUGCUCUGAAAGGUUCAUACUUUCUUGUCUCCGUGAACUGCUUUUUCCACAUUACAGUAGACUUGAUCCUAGGGCUCUUGAAAGAAGAGUUAAGUAGCUGGUGCUCUGCUAAGAUUUUAUGCCUGCUACAUUGGAUUUCUCCUUUUCCUUUGUGUCUGUUGGAUGCGUCAAUAAGAGAUUUCUUUUGCUUUAUCAUAACAAAUAAGCCCCUCCUCUCAGACUCAGUCCUAUAAAGCUGCCAUUUUUAUUUGUUCCUUGUUGAGUCCUGCAAGAAAUUACCAGUCAUUUUUUGGUCAAACUUCUACUUUGCCUUUACUUAAGUGGUUUCUUUCUUCCUUAAAUAAGUACUACAACUAUCUAGUCUUGGUUUUUGGGGUUAACAGUUCAACCUGGGGAAGAAGCCUUUUUCAAGGUGCAUUGGUGAUUGAGUUCCACAGUUUUGGGCGGAGAUUUUCUUUUUUGUGGUGUUUGGGCCAUGAGUAGCACUGAGAAUACCACAGGUAAUAUGGGAUUCCAAGAGAGUGGGGGUGGUGGUGAUAGCAUAUUGAAUUGCCCUUCUUCUGGAAUGCACACAAAUUCAAUGUCUGACAAGGUUGCAGGAAUGGCAAUGUGUUCUGAGUCCAUGUUCAAGUCUUCAACCAGGGUAGACCCUUUCUAUGGGGGGACUGGAUGGGACCCACUUGUAUCACUGAAUCAUGCUGAGAAUUUUGGUGGCUCUUCAGUUGUUCCUCAUCACAAUGAGUUUGGAAAUUCACAUUACCCUGUUGGGCUGGAAAAUCAGGCGAUUAGUAGCACUUCCCAUCUGGUUCAUUAUGCAUCUGAUUCAGGUCUGGGUGAUAUGGUGCCAAAAUUAGCGUGCUUUGGCAGUGGAGCAUUCUCGGAAAUGGUCAAUUCUUUUGGACUUCCUGACUGUGGCCAGGUUACAGAAACGAGCUUUCAUCAAAAAUAUGCUCAAAAAAUGGGAGUUGGUGCUCAGGAGGAUUGCCAAAUUUCAGAAGAGAGAGCUUUGGGUGGUAAUGGAAAGAAGAAAAGAAAAGCAUCAGAUUUUCAAUCUCCAUUGAACCCCAAGAAGAAUAUUGAAGGAGAGCAGCAGAAAGACCUCUCUGCUAACAGUUCAGAAUGUUCCAAGGAGCAAGAUGAAAUGAAACAGAAAAUGGAGCAAAGUAAUAGCACAAAUUUGCGCGGUAAGCAAGCUUCAGGCAAACAAAUCAAGGAUAAUUCUAACAGUGGAGAACCUGCUAAAGACACUUACAUUCAUGUGAGGGCCAAGAGGGGCCAGGCCACUAAUAGUCACAGCCUUGCUGAAAGGGUGAGGAGAGAAAGGAUAAGCGAGAGGAUGAGAUUGCUUCAAGAACUUGUUCCGGGCUGCAAUAAGAUAACUGGCAAGGCUGUGAUGCUUGAUGAGAUUAUCAACUAUGUACAAUCCCUGCAACAGCAAGUGGAGUUUUUAUCAAUGAAACUGGCAACCGUGAAUCCAGAGCUAAACGUCGAUCUUGACCGGAUUUUUCAAAAAGAUAUUCUUCAUUCACGAGGCAGCAGUGCAGCUACUCUUGGAAUUGGACCAGGAUUGAACUCCUCUCAUCCAUUCCCAGGGUAUCCUCAGGGAUCUUUCCCAGGUAUCUCAGGUGCUGCCGCCCCGUUUCAUCCCGUGCCUCAGGCCGUCUGGGAUAACGAGCUCCAGAGCAUUUUGCAAAUGGGCUUCGAUUCUAGUCCCUCCAUCAACAAUCUAGGACCAAAUGCAGGGCGGUCGAAAUUGGAGCUAUAGAGCUGGGGAAAGUCUCGAGUUUUCCUUUGUCCAUCAGUAACUACAGCAUUCAAAUAUUGACUGCAGAUUUGAUUUCAAUACUGAAGCAAGAGAUAAUAGCUAAACAUUAUUCUUGGGAUUGUAUAGGUCGCAUCUCCUAACUGUUUCGUUCUUCGAAUUUUAGAGAAGAAAAUGACCUCUUAGAUUUACAAAAUCAUGUAAAUUCACAGCAAGACUUCAAUUGAUGAAGAUGAUUGUUUUGAUUGGUGUUCUUGUAGAAUAUGAUUUAUGUGUAGUUUCUCGAGAAUUUCGAGAAGAAAACGAUUUGCUAG